AUGAUAGAACAUCCUUGCAUUAAAGAUGGGUGGUUUAGAGAAGUCAGUGACAAGUAUUUUCCUGGACAAGCGUUUACAUUGAGAGUGGAAAAAGUGCUCUAUCAUGAGAAAACUGAAUUUCAAGAUGUUUUGGUAUUCAAAUCAACAGAUUAUGGCAACGUUUUAGUGUUGGAUGGAAUUAUCCAGGUGAGUGAACGUGAUGAAUUUGCAUAUCAGGAAAUGAUCUCUCAUAUUCCAUUAUACGCACAUAAAUCUCCAAAGAAAAUCCUUGUUAUCGGGGGUGGUGAUGGUGGUGUGCUUAGAGAGGUUGUUAAACACUCAUGUGUCACUGAUGCCACUUUGGUAGAAAUUGAUCCAACAGUGAUCGAAUUAUCCAAGAAGUACUUACCAAAUAUGGCUUGUUCUUUCAACAAUCCUAAGGUAAAUGUCAAACUCUGCGAUGGGUUUAAAUUCCUUAGAGAUGUUGCCGCAUCAGGAGCCAAAUAUGAUGUCAUUAUCACGGACUCCUCUGAUCCUGAGGGCCCCGCAGAAGCAUUUUUCCAAAAAGAAUACUUUGAACUGUUAUAUAAGGCAUUGAAUGAUGAUGGUAUUGUUAUCGCACAGGCAUCAGAAAACGUUUGGUUGAAUUUGAACUAUUUGAAGACUCUUUUGGAAACUGCCAGAUCUGUGUUUCCUGUAUCAGAGUACUGCUACACAAUGCUUCCUACAUAUACAUCUGGUCAGUUAGGUCUUAUUGCUUGUUGCAAAAAUCCAAACACAAAUAUAGUGCAACCUUCCCGCGUUCCAACCGAAAGUGAACAAGCUAAUAUGAGAUACUAUAAUAACAAAAUCCAUUCCGCCGCAUUCGUACUACCUACUUGGGCUAGAAAAUCUUUGAACCCAUAA